UUUUUUAAAUUUUCUUAUUUUUUCAAUUUAUUCAAAUUUCUUAAAAUCACAAAUUCAAUGCAAAUCCAUGACAUUCACGAGAAUAACAAAAACAACAGGGCAACCAAGGAUGACGCUAUUGUGAAAGGAAUACAACUUGGAUUGUUACCCAAAGGAGAAGGAAACUCAUCACCAACAACUACAAAUCCGGAGGGGACGAUGACUUCAACCUCUUCUGAAAACGGCGAUUGUUGGACUAAUUUAAUGCAAUUUAUUGAACACUUACAAAAUAUAUCGUUAAAUUUUUUUGAGAAGAAUGAAGCAUUUUUGAGGGGAAUUUUAUGGAUUGGGAUUAUCUGUGGUUAUCAUGUAUUUUUACUUAUUUCCAUGUUCCACAAUCACGAAAAGGCGCUAAACUUAUUUACAAUAACUCUCCUUGUUUGGUUUUUUAUCUUCUACAAACGUGUACUUUUACCGCUGUUUGGAUAUAGCAGAGAAUUUCAAAGGCAUCGAACGCGGUUUUCAAAUUCUUUUGAAAAAUUGAGGCAAAAUAUUUUGUCAUUUUAUGUUCUCGCGGUUGCUGUUCCUUUACUGUAUAUUCUGUGGGAUACUAGAAGCAAUCUUCGCCGUUUAACAGGCUUAUAUUCACUUGUAUUUUUCUUUUUGUUUAUGUGCUUUUUCUCACACAGGCCAACAAAAAUUAAUUUUCGUCCAAUUAUUUGGGGAUUUUUACUUCAAUUUAUUUUUGGUAUUUUGGUGCUUAAAUGGGAUUGGGGUGCACAUCGUUUUAUUGACCUUUCUGAUUUGGCUAUUGCUUUUCUUGAUUUUACAAAAAAUGGAACUGAUUUUACUUAUGGGUUUUUGUCGAGCCCUCCAAAUAUUUGUGGGAUGGAACCUGUUAUUGCCUUUCAGGUCAUUCAAGUAAUUAUCUACAUUGGAGCUAUCGUGUCUAUUCUCUAUUUUUACGGUGUUGUACAAGCAGUUUUAAAACGAAUGGCCUGGUUAAUGCAGUUAACUAUGGGAACUACUGCUACAGAAUCUUUAAAUGCCUGUGCUUGUGCUGAAUCUCCUUUUUUAAUACGUCCUUAUAUUGAAAAAAUGACUGCCUCAGAACUUCAUGCAAUUAUGACUACAGGAUUUGCUUGUAUUGCCGGUGCAGUUUUUGCUGCUUAUAUUAGUUUUGGCGCGUGCCCUCGUUAUUUACUCUCCGCUGCUGUAAUGAGUGCCCCGGGUUCGUUGGCCUGUUCAAAACUACUUUAUCCUGAAACAGAAGAAUCGCAUGUUAAAGAUGUUAAGGAUUUGGAGCUUCCACCAAGCAAAGAAACAAAUGCUAUGGAGUGUAUUUCUAGCGGUUCUUUAGUUGCUGUACAUAUUGUUACCGCUGUUGUUGCAAAUUUAAUUAGCUUUAUGGCAUUAAUGGCACUUGUAAAUGGUUUGGUUAUUUAUGCGGGUACAUUACUUGGUCAGCCACAUUGGAAUUUGGAAUUAAUUUUUGGUUAUUUAUUCUUUCCUGUUGCUUAUAUGAUUGGAGUUACAGAAAAUUUGGAAGAGACAAUGAUUGUUGCCAGGCUUAUUGGUGUUAAAAUAAUAAUAAAUGAUUUUAUUGCUUAUAAACGGCUUGGAGAUGUACUAAGAGAAGAUUUACUUUCACCUCGUUCAGCAAUGAUUGUUACUUAUGCCCUUUGCAGUUUUAGCGAUUUUAUAGCAGCGGGUAUUCAAAUGGCCGUGUUAAGCGAAAUGGCACCUUCUAGAAAACAAUUAAUUUCAAAAUUAGUUUUGAGGGCAUUACUAGCUGGAUGUAUUUCUUGUUUUAUGAGUGCAGCUAUUGCAGGUUUAUUUUAA